CCGUCCUGCACGCUGUCCUAGUUUCACAACCAGGAAGUGAAAUAUACGACUGGCAGCAGUGUGAAUGGGUUGUUGAAUGUGCGCGCUGUGGCAAACCUACGUUAUCAAACCGUGGUGAUUUAACGAGUUGUAAUUAGCGAUGUCUCCUGAUGAGCUGGUGUACUUGGGAGUUCUUGCUGCAUCCAUCCCUGUUGGGUUCCUCUUCCGUUACCUCAGUCCUCCUGUGAAGCAGGGGGCUGGUCUUCUUCUGGGCCUCUCUAUCGCCAUCGCUACCUGCCACAUCCACACCCUCCACUCUCUUGCCACCGUGAUUGGAAUAUGGAUUAUUAUAAAGAGCAGCUGGCGGCAUGCCCCAGCAUUGAGUCUCACCUGGACCUUUCUCUACCUCCUCUUCUUCCGUCUCGCUACGUGGUUCGGUCUGCCACAACCGACACCCUUCGCCAACGCCAUCCAGCUGCUUCUCACUCUCAAGAUGGUGAGUCUGGCUAACGAGGUGUACACCUUCCACAUUGAGAAGAAGAAUGAAGUGAGCUCUUUCGCCAAGUCCCCCGUCAUCGGCGGUCUGUCCCAGGAGCCCUCGCUCUACGAUAUUCUGUCCUACAGCUACUGCUAUGCCGGGAUAAUGACUGGUCCCUUCUUUCGCUUCCAAACGUACGCCGACUGGCUGCGGCAGCCCAGCCCGCAGGCCCUGCCCGGCUGGGUGCCGUGCCUGCAGCGCUUGAAGCUGGUUCCCGUGUACGCCGCUUUGUUCCUGUCGGUCAACUCUGUCUUCCCUCUGGCCUACGUUCGCACAGAGGAGUUUCUGGACCGGAACGUUUUCUUUAGGGUCUUCUACAUGGUAGCAGUGUUCUUCGUGUUUAGGAUGCGUUUCUACGCAGCCUGGUGUGGAGCCGAGGCUGGUUGUAUCAGCGCAGGUCUUGGCUGCUAUCCCAAAAAGGCGCUGUCCAAACCUGGAGGAGGACCCUCCGUCACCUACAGUCCCGAUCCAUCGAUUGAAGAGAAAUACGACUUCAAAACCAUCCAGAACAUCGACUGCUACAACACAGACUUCUGUGUGAAGGUCCGCCAUGGCAUGCGCUACUGGAACAUGACGGUGCAGUGGUGGCUGCAUCACUACAUCUACCCUAAUGCCCCCUUCAAAGCCUACGCUCUCAGGGCCGGCUGGACCAUGUUUAUCAGCGCCUACUGGCACGGACUACAUGUCGGCUACUACCUCUCCUUCCUCACCAUCCCCCUGUGCAUCGCUGCCGAGACGGCCAUGGAGGCCUCUGUCCGAGCUAGACUGGGUCCUUCUGGUCAGAACAUCUUUGACUGGGUCCAUUGGUUCCUGAAGAUGAGGGCCUACGACUACAUGUGCAUGGGCUUUGUGCUGCUGAAAGCCUCGGACACCAUCAAUUACUGGACCUCCAUCUACUUUAUCAUUCACGUCAUCGCCGUUUGCUGCAUCAUAGUUGGCAGGGUUCUGAAGGGAGGGAAGCGGGAAGGAAGCCGAGGGGACAAGGGGGAGAAAAAAGAGGUGGAGGAGAAACCUGGGGAGAAAACGGACUGAAAGAAGAUACAGGAGAGAACUGGGUGGGGACCUUUUGGGGCCAUGAAGAGGAAUUACAUCAAGACUAGAAUUUAUAAACAUAAAGUGCACCAACUUUCAUCUUUCUAGAAACAAACAGCAGGUCCAAUAAGAUUCAUUGUGAGAAAAAUUGGGAAAAUCUGGUAAUUGAACUUAAAAGCACUGUGAAUACUGGGAGAGGAAUGUUUGAGCUCAAGGAAUGUUGAGAGUAGAGAAUGGAGAGUAGUUAAUAGUUUAAAAGCAUCUGCCUGUACAGAAUGUGGGCUUUUAUUUCCCAAUAUUCUCCCUUGCUUUAAGUGUCUAAGUGAACUAUAUUUCAAUUGUCAUGUUAUAAAAACAGGCAGUAAGGUUUAUUUAACCAAUGAUAAAUCUAAUCCUCGUAACACAAAUGUCUUUACGCCCUCACACAAAUGCAAUACAAUACAACACAAUGACACAUUUUGAGUGUGAUUGAAUUGAGUUUCCAAAAACAACCAAACUUUCCAGCAGUGAUCAGUAAUGUGUUAAAGUAUGUUUCUACACAAGGACAGAAUGGACAGUGUGAUUGAAAAAUGUGUCUUUCAUGUGUUUUUGAAUUUCCUAAUUUUACAAAAUAUUUCUAUUGCCAUUUGGACUUUUUUUAUGGUUAAAUGCUGAGAAAGUUCAAUGUAAAACCUACUAAACUACACGGUCCAGAGUACAUGUCAUGUCAUUUUUGUCUAAUUACGUUAGGACUUUUAGAGUUUAGGUUGGUUUUCCAGCAUUAUAUUGUUCCUCAAAUUAUAUUUCUUUUGUUUUACUCCCUGGAUCCAUUGAACCAAAAGGUCUCUGUUGUUCUGCCUGUAAGUGAGCGCAUAUCAGGAACAUCUGCACUGACCGCUCCAUAGCGCUGUUGUACAUAUUACAAGUGUAAGAGAGCAACGCUCCCUUCGCUGCCACAAUGUCUCUACUGCCUUCCUUCAUGUACCGUUCACGGUUAGGACCAAACAUUUGAUACAAGACGUCGCCAAUUUAACUAUAAUCUGCUAAUGUAAUUCAUGAAAAACAGCACAGCUGGGGCCGGGCAAUAUGGUUGAAGUCACAAUGGAUCAAGCUAUUUCCUGAUAUUGAUGUAUGCCAUGAUGUAAAAAAAGAAAAAUGCAUCAAUAAUAUAAUAAAACUGAUGUUCAAUAAACUGUCACUACGUUAUGCGUUACAUGUGACUAAACUUAUAAUAACAAGACAAAUGUUUUUAAUUAAACAUUUACUGGGAUAAAUGUCUGUGAUCAUAUCGCUCAAAGGCUUCUGCUGAAAGUUGACACGUGAUAUGGACUCAUCGCCCGGCCCUCAACCCGUGAUUAACAGUUGGAAAAGUGUCCUUUCACUCACUCCCGUCUGACAUUUUGUGAUAACUGCGUCUGUGUUUUAAAGGAUGACAGCAGAAUGCAAAGGUCUUUUCUAGCAUUGUGUUUUGUUCUUUAUAUGUUAAAUAAUGUCAAUAACACAUCAACUGUACCAUCUCUGUGCCACGACUUAACCCUUGUAGAAAUGAUCCCCUUUGUUUUUUGUUAUUGCUCAGUGAUGAUUGUGACUCAUCUCCACACUAUUUAUUUUUAAGCAUUUGUAGCUUCGCACGCAGCACCGACUGUAACAUCUACUGUAACACGACUGUAACAUCUACUGUAACACAACUGUAACAUCGACUGUAACACGACUGUAACACGACUGUAACAUCUACUGUAACAUCUACUGUAACACAACUGUAACAUCGACUGUAACACGACUGUAACACGACUGUAACAUCUACUGUAACAUCUACUGUAACACGACUUUAACAUCGACUGUAACAUCUACUGUAACACGACUGUAACAUCUACUGUAACAUCUACUGUAACACGACUGAGUGCUUGGUAUCAGUGUUACUUUUACAUAUUACAGAAUACUUCAAUGUUACUGGCCUCAUGUACAUCACUAAGAUAAUUAUUUUAGAGUUGUUUCAGUUGUCCGACUGGGGAAUCAUUAACUCUCCCACAUAAAAAAUAAAAAACACGGCUGCUUAGUCACCACACAA